AUGCCGGACGUCAUGUGCGGCGCAUGCGCCGAACAACCGGCCGCGGUCGUACGUGUCCAACCGACUACCGGGGCACACGCGUGCGUGUGCGCUCGAUGCGACACGAGGCAAAACAGACAACGAGGAGAACGGUCCAUGCAGCGCGUUGGUCUUCGACCGGCGGGCGGCAGGGAUGAAUUGUCGUGUGAUGUGUGCCAGAUGAACCCGGUUUACGUGAUCUGUCACGAGGAUCGAGCGUUUCUGUGCCGCGUGUGCGACGUCAGCAUUCACGAGGCGAACUCCUCGUCGAAGAGGCAUCAGCGUUUCUUGUUCGCGAACACGCGCGUGGAUCUCGAGGCCAUGGGCGCCGGUGAAGAUGCCGGCACGAGAAUGUCCCCGAGCGACAGUGCCGCUGAGCACACAGUGCCGCAAUUCGAACAAGAGGAGGUUGGCAGAAAGAGAAAGUACCAAAGACAACAGAAGAGUUCGCUUGCGUCCGACGACCACAUGGUCCCGUCGAUCGACGAUUUGGCGCCUGGCGUGUUCGAAAGCUUCAUGACAGAUCUCCUUGGCGAAGAGGAGGGACGGAAGCAUCUGGAGAAGUCGGCUCAGGACGAACAGAACUUCUGGGGCGACAUAUUCAACGAUAGUUGGACCGCCAUGAGCGGCAUGGGUAACGACGAUCUCGCCGUGCCCGAUUUUGACAACCAAGUCCCAAACGUGUACUAG